AUGGCAGCCCCCAAAGUCACAUUUUGGGGAGUCAGGAUAGCAGGCAGUUUAGAGGCCAGAACUUUGGCGAGUGGAAAACCCAAUGUUUUCUUGCUUAUAGGUGAAGACAAAAAAAACCUUGAGGAUGAUGAAGAGUUUCAACAAGCUCUGAAAACAAGUCAUGGACAAAGGCCUGGUGUAAAAACUGGCAUGAAGACAACAUCAGCUGGGCGUGGCAAAGUUCCAGGAUCUUCAAUGGGGCGACCUACAACUGGAAUUGCAGAUACAGGGAUGGCUCGUCCAAUGACUGCAGUUCGUGCAGUGGGUUAUACAUCAUCAGAAAGAUCUCCUAUGACCAGUGGUGGCCAGUUUGACCCAUUCAACCAGGCACGUUUACCUGCCCCUCCCCUGGAAGGGAAGGGCGAGGAAAGUCCAGAGGAGAAAGUCAAGCAAAUGGAAAAGAAAGUAAAUGAACUGAUUGAAGAAAGCUGUUUUGCUAAUGACAGAGGGGAAUUUCCACUGGCUCUUGAUAAAGCCAAGGAGGCUGGUCGUAAAGAGCGUGCACUGUGUCGACAGAGGGAGCAGGCAACCCAUCAUGACCAGAUAAACCUGGAUUUGACUUACUCUGUGCUGUUCAAUCUGGCCAAUCAGUACCAUGCUAACAAAAUGUAUGCUGAGGCACUGAACACAUACCAGGUUAUUGUCAAGAACAAGAUGUUCAGCAAUGCAGGACGGUUAAGAGUGAAUAUGGGAAAUAUUUACUUUGAGCAAAAGAAAUAUCCACAAGCAGUAAAGCAGUAUAGAAUGGCCUUGGACCAGGUGCCUAACACACACAAGGACAUGAGGAUAAAAAUCAUGCAGAAUAUUGGUGUGGCAUUUGUCAAGAUGGCACAAUUUACUGAUGCUGUCACCUCAUUUGAGCAUAUCAUGGCUGAGAAGGCAAGUUUCCAGACAGGUAUGUGGAAUAAAAAAGGCCUUAUUACCUCUGUCACUGGUUAUAUACCAUAUGUGACAGCUGUUUAAGGUUACAGUAUACCUUCAGGGGUGUCUCGCACGCAGGCGAUGUAGCGCGUGCAGUUUAAGCUGUAGA